AUGCAGAACGACGCGGCUGGCAGUGGCGGAUGCCGGGGUUCGGCAGAGACGGUGGAUGCGUUACACAUUUCGUUCGAUGCUGGCCACCCGAGUUUGCUCAUCAGCGACGGUGACUGCAGCCGUCACUUGUUGGCUCGCCAGGGGCAGCUGGUACGUUGGUUCCCACGUGUUGCGCGAGACCGGGUCGAGAAGUGGAUCAUUGACGCAGUGAACAUUAGUGUCGAGCCUGGGGUUUGUUCAAGGUAUCUUGAGCAUGUUGAGCUUUUCAUCCCCCCAGCACCAGCGAUCAAAGUCGUAGCAAAGCGAGCUUUCAUCGUAACCGAGGAUCCUGAGGAGAACGACGCUGGUGCCAUUUCGUUACCAGCCACGCUGUGUUUGGAGGAUGUGGUGAUUUCGCGGAGGCAGUGUUACACAAACCGUGCCAGGGCUCGUUUCAGUCAGGAUCUAUCUACAAUCGCUGAAGAUCUGCAUCCCGAAUGCGACUCCCCAUCGAUGAACAGCAGUGAGGGUGUAAGCCCGUCUGACAGCGCGUCGGUUGUCAUGGCAAAUUUCCGUUAG